AUGGCGGGAAAGAAGAGGAUCAUAUACGUCCCAGAUAGCGAUGAAGAGGUCAGUGCAUCGGCCAAUCAAACACUCGACCAAAAUAUCUGUGCUGACCUCCGAGAUAACCAUGAUAAUGUUAAUAAUAAUGGUGGAGGUGAUGGUGGUGAGGACGAUGUUGAUGGCGUGCUAGUUUGUAAUGACAGGAGAUUUCUAUUCGAAGUAAGGAAGGGCCAGUCUGGAGGGGAUGGAUUGCUGAAGAUAACUGAAACUGGCAACAAGUUCAGAUCGGUUGUAAACGUUCCAGAAUGUUUAUGGAAGCCUUUCAUUGACGAUGUAGAAAACCGCAUCCUGUUAAACAUAUGA